AUGCACAUACAUGCACAUGUAUGGCAGCACGAUGCAUCAAAAGGAGAAAGUACAAACACGCGGCUGACAUCACUACCCGACCGUUCUCCCCUCCCACCAUGCACCCCAAGAUCUCAGUGCGCCGAGACUACCGGCAUCACUACCCGACCGUUCUCCCCUCCCACCCUCCACCCCAAGAUCUCAGUCCGCCGAGACAACCGGCAUCACUACCCGACCGUUCUCCCAUGCCACCCUCGACCCCAAGAUCUCAUUCCGCCGAGACAACCGGCAUCACUACCAGACCGUUCUCCCCUCCCAACCUCCACCCAAGAUCUGAGUCCGCCGAGACAACCGGCAUCACUACCCGACCGUUCUCCCCUCCCACCCUCCACCCCAAGAUCUCAGUCCGCCGAGACAACCAGCAUCACUACCCGACCGUUCUCCCCUCCCACCCUCCACCCCAAGAUCUCAGUCCGCCGAGACAACCAGCAUCACUACCCGACCGUUCUCCCCUCCCACCAUCCACCCCAAGAUCUCAGUCCGCCGAGACAACCGGCAUCACUACCCGACCGUUCUCCCCUCCCACCCUCCACCCUCUCAGUCCGCCCAAGGCAUCACUCGUACCGCCGAGACACGCCAAUCCGGCAGACAACAGCAUACCCGACCGUUCUCCCCUCCACCUCCACCCAAGAUCUCAGUCCGCCGAGCACACUACCCGACCGUUCUCCCCUCACCCUCCACCCCAAGAUCUCAGUCCGCCGAGACAACCGCAUCACUACCCGACCUCCCCCUCCCACCCUCCACCCCAAGAUCUCAGUCCGCCGAGACAACCAGCAUCACAAACCCGACCGUUCUCCCCUGCCACCCUCCACCCCAAGAUCUCAGUCCGCCGAGACAACCGGCAUCACUACCCGACCGUUCUCCCCUCCCACCCUCCACACCCCAAGAUCUCAGUCCGCCGAGACAACCGGCAUCACUACCCGACCGUUCUCCCCUCCCACCCUCCACCCCAAGAUCUCAGUCCGCCGAGACAACCAGCAUCACUACCCGACCGUUCUCCCUCCACCCUCCACCCCAAGAUCUCAGUCCGCCGAGACAACCGGCAUCACUACCCGACCUUUCUCUCCCUCACACCCUCCACCCCAAGAUCUCAUUCCGCCGAGACAACCGGCAUCACUACCCGCCCGUUCUCCACUCACACCGUCUCCCACAUCCUCACACCCUCCACCCAAGAUCUCAGUCCGCCGAGAGAACCAGCAUCACUACCCGACCGUUCUCCCCUCCCACCCUCCACCCCAAGAUCUCAGUCCGCCGAGACAACCAGCAUCACAACCCGACCGUUCUCCCAUGCCACCCUCCACCCCAAGAUCUCAGUCCGCCGAGACAACCGGCAUCACUACCCGACAUUUCUCCCCUCCGACCCUCCACCCCAAGAUCUCAGUCCGCCGAGACAACCAGCAUCACAACCCGACCGUUCUCCCAUGCCACCCUCCACCCCAAGAUCUCAGUCCGCCGAGACAACCAGCAUCACAACCCGACCGUUCUCCCCUCCGACCCUCCACCCCAAGAUCUCAGUCCGCCGAGACAACCGGCAUCACUACCCGACCUUUCUCUCCUCCCACCCUCCACCCCAAGAUCUCAGUCCGCCGAGACAACCGGCAUCACUACCCGACCUUUCUCUCCUCCCACCCUCCACCCCAAGAUCUCAUUCCGCCGAGACAACCGGCAUCACUACCAGACCGUUCUCCCCUCCCAACCUCCACCCAGGAUCUCAUUCCGCCGAGACCGGCAUCACUACCCGACCGUUCUCCCCUCCCACCUUCCACCCCAAGAUCUCAGUGCGCCGAGACUACCGGCAUCACUACCCGACCGUUCUCCCCUCCCACCAUGCACCCCAAGAUCUCAGUGCGCCGAGACUACCGGCAUCACUACCCGACCGUUCUCCCCUCCCACCCUCCAGCCCAAGAUCUGAAUCCGCCAAGACAACCAGCAUCACUACCCGACCGUUCUUCCCUCCCACCCUGCACCCCAAGCUCUCAGUGCUCCGAGACAACCAGCAUCACUACCCGACCGUUCUCCCAUGCCACCCUCCACCCCAAGAUCUCAUUCCGCCGAGACAACCGGCAUCACUACCAGACCGUUCUCCCCUCCCAACCUCCACCCAGGAUCUCAUUCCGCCGAGACCGGCAUCACUACCCGACCGUUCUCCCCUCCCACCAUGCACCCCAAGAUCUCAGUGCGCCGAGACUACCGGCAUCACUACCCGACCGUUCUCCCCUCCCACCCUCCAGCCCAAGAUCUGAGUCCGCCAAGACAACCAGCAUCACUACCCGACCGUUCUUCCCUCCCACCCUCCACACCAAGCUCUCAGUGCUCCGAGACAACCAGCAUCACUACCCGACCGUUCUCCCCUCCCACCCUCCACCCCAAGAUCUCAGUCCGCCGAGAGAACCAGCAUCACUACCCGACCGUUCUCCCCUCCCAUACUCCACCCCAAGAUCUCAAUCCGCCGAGACAACCAGCAUCACUACCCGACCGUUCUCCCCUCCCACCCUCCACCCCAAGAUCUCAGUGCUCAGAGACAACCAGCAUCACUACCCGACCGUUCUCCCCUCCCACCCUCCACCCCAAGAUCUCAGUCCGCCGAGACAACCAGGAUCACUACCCGACCGUUCUCCCCUCCCACCCUCCACCCCAAGAUCUGAGUUCGCCGAGACAACCAGCAUCACUACCCGACCGUUCUCCCCUCCCACCCUCCACCCCAAGAUCUCAGUCCGCCGAGACAACCGGCAUCACUACCCGACCGUUCUCCCCUCCACCCUCCACCCCAAGAUCUCAGUCCGCCGAGACAACCGGCAUCACUACCCGACCGUUCUCCCCUCCCACCUUCCACCCCAAGAUCUCAGUCCACCGAGACAACCGGCAUCACUACCCGACCGUUCUCCCCUCCCACCUUCCACCCCAAGAUCUCAGUCCGCCGAGACAACCGGCAUCACUACCCGACCGUUCUCCCCUCCCACCCUCCACCCCAAGAUCUCAGUCCGCCGAGACAACCGGCAUCACUACCCGACCGUUCUCCCAUGCCACCCUCCACCCCAAGAUCUCAUUCCACCGAGACAACCGGCAUCACUACCCGACCGUUCUCCCCUCCCAACCUCCACCCAGGAUCUCAUUCCGCCGAGACCGGCAUCACUACCCGACCGUUCUCCCCUCCCACCCUCCACCCAAGAUCUCAGUCCGCCGAGACAACCAGCAGUGCAAUCCCCAGUGCAGUCUGUACAGAACAAUGAGUCAUAA